AUGGCUGAGAUCCGUCGCAAGCUCGUCAUCGUUGGUGAUGGUGCCUGCGGAAAGACCUGUUUGUUGAUCGUCUUCUCCAAGGGAACAUUCCCUGAGGUCUAUGUCCCAACUGUCUUUGAGAACUAUGUUGCCGAUGUCGAAGUGGAUGGAAAACAUGUUGAACUAGCUCUAUGGGAUACCGCAGGCCAGGAAGAUUACGAUCGUCUUCGACCUCUCUCUUACCCGGAUUCUCAUGUCAUCCUGAUCUGCUUUGCAAUCGACUCUCCUGAUUCCCUCGACAACUGGAUUUCCGAAGUCCUACAUUUCUGCCAAGGUCUUCCAAUCAUCCUCGUAGGAUGCAAGAAUGAUCUACGAUAUGACCCUAAAACCACUGAAGAGCUGGCCAAGACUUCCCAGAAACCAGUCACCGCCGAACAGGGCGAGGAAGUCCGCAAGAAGAUCGGUGCCUACAAAUACCUCGAAUGCUCGGCCAAGACCAACCAGGGAGUUCGCGAAGUCUUCGAAAGCGCCACCCGUGCUGCCCUAUUGACCCGAAAGAGCGGUAAAAGCAAGAAGUGCUUGAUCUUGUGA